AUGGCUUUUACGGCGACCCCGAUUUCCCUGCACCAGGAAGCGGAAACGUUCGGUUUUUCCAGAGUGGUGGUCCCGUUCACGCGCAAGAAUCGCUCCACAAGGGCGAGGGGGGGGGGAAGAGCUGGCAAAGCUACAGUGGCUGCGGGGGUGUCGGAAGCAGGGAAUGACGGCCGACGCGGCGCGAUCGAAGUGAUUGAGUGCAGGAACCUCAAGGAUGCUGUGGCAGCGGGGCUCUCAGCGGUCCCCAAGAAACGGGGCAGGGGCAGCCCCCGGUCAGGGGGAAAGGGUAGGGGCCGCUUUUAUCCCUCAUCGUCCUCAUCAUCUUCAGAGCCGGAGUACGGCUGGCAGAGCAAUAAGAAGAGGCAGGCGAUGGAAGACGAGGGCGGUGGUGGUGGUAGGGGGGGGGGAACGCGAGAGUCCGGGCUUGGUAGUACAAGCGAGGGCGAUGUUGUUGAUAUGGAGGGGUUCGAGGGAGGGUGGCGGGAUAGUAUGAGGGACCCUGGGGGGUAUUGGAGUAGUGCGGAGGAGGAAGAGUUUGAUGAGUGGGCGGAUGGCGAAGAUGGCGAGCGACGAUAGGAUCGGUUUGGUUCAGACUGCUUGUUUUUUGUUGAGCGUGGCCGUGUGCGAGUGUGGUUGAGACACUUCAUUCGUUUUCGAAACGGGUUCUCAUGCGCGUGGUGAUUCACUUUUCGUUGAAACCUGGCCGCAAUAUGAGCGCCAGCGGAAGGUCAAGAUCGGAUCUCGAUUUCCGAAAUAUGCAAUACCAACGAGAUAAAUUCUGUCCACGUGAAAAUGACCAGGUUGAAAUCC